AUGGCAGCUCUACACCAAGCAAGCGAGCCGCUACCUCAACCACUACGAGUACAACCUCCAUGGUGCAGAUCCUCGACGCGAGGCACUCGGGGGUUGUACGCCGCCAACUCGACGCGGCUGGCUUAUAUUGCCCUCAUCUUCGUGCCGCUGUCGUGGGCCGCAAGCCUUUUCAGCAUGGCCGGGGGCUAUGGGCCCGGCGGAGAGCUGUUCUGGAUGUACUUUGCCAUCGCCUUACCGUCGGUGGUACUGACGCUGAUGGUGUCGGCAGGGAUUUAUUUCAUGGAUGGCGGGUCGAAGAUAAGGGGGUACGGUGCAGGAAGCUGA